AUGGAAACAGAACAGAAUACAAACGGCAUGGACCCUUCAACAACAGUUCUGAUCGUAGGAGCAGGACCCACGGGCCUCUUUCUGGCGCUGCGCCUUGCCCGGGCCGGAAUACGGACAGUUGUCUUUGAACAAGACGCCGAGCUGCUUCCAACGCCCCGUGCAUUGGGAUACUUUGGCCCGACACAGUUCGCGCUUCAGCAUGCAGGAAUCUGGGAGGAGGUUCGAGAUCAAGGGUAUCUGCUCAAGGGCCUGUCCUGGAGGAAGAUAACUCAGGAGACGUCUCCGGGAUACAGAGGCUGGGGUGAUCUGAUUGCGUCGUGGGAUCUGACCCAAGGAUCAGCUUCGAGGGAGGGCGAAUGUGGCUACGGCAUGACGAUACUCGGACAACAUCGCUUGAGGGAGAUCAUCAUGUCAAAACUGGCCGCUUCGCGGCUUGCCCAGGUAUAUUUCGGGCACAAGGUUGUCGCUGUGACCCAAGACGACCACUCGGCGAGUGUGGAUGUGACGGUCCUCGACCAACAAGGGGGCCAGCGUUCAUUCCGAGGAUCGUACUUGGUGGCUGCUGAUGGAGGCAAGUCGACAGUGCGCAAAUUGCUCGCAUUGCCCCUCGAAGGCAUCACUUGGCCGCAAGUACUGGUGGCGACGGACACAUGGGCCGAUAUACCUCUUCCCAGCGACGGCCCUCCCUUUGUGUACAUUGUGAAUCCAGUCGAUUGGGCCCUCUUUAGCCCUAUACAAAGACCGUGUGAGCACGGGCCCAGCUACUAUCGUAUCACUGUGCCCAUGGCUCGCGAGCAGUGUGAGCCGGACGUUCUCGACUGGAAUCUGAAACAGAAACUCGAAAGGUUGCUUCCCGGCCCACGACCAGCCAAGUAUGAGGUGGUGCGGUCGCAGAGGUACGAGACGCAUCAGCGAGUCGUCCCAUCCAUGAUCUCUGGAAGAUGCAUGUUGAUCGGCGACGCGGCGCAUCUGAACAAUCCCUGGGGAGGACUCGGCCUGAGCACGGGGCUGCUUGACGCGGACUCCCUUGCCGAUGCUCUAACGUACGUCUUAGGACAAGGUCUAUCAGCCUCAAUACUGCGACGCUGGGCUGACGCCCGGAGAGAGGUGUUUCUGAAGAUCGUCAAUCCCAUUUCAUCGGCGAACAAGCUUCGCUGUCACGAUACCGAUCCUGACAAUCCCAGCUCUGAUCCCUUCUUCAAGAUGCUCAGAAAGGAGGAUAAUGAGCAGGAGCUUCAGGACUUGAUGUGCUCAAUGGCAGAAAUGGCCACAGAUGUGUCGCAGUUCAUAGAGGACCAAGCUCAGCCGCCAGGAAACCCGCCCCACGCGAGCUAG